UGAUAAAAGACGGAGCCGCUCUGUCUAGCGAUCAGUCGAGUUCAGAGAGAUUCCAGAUCAUUUUCUCGGAUUUGUUGGACAACAAAUGUUGACAAUGUCUCUAUCAGGUGUGAGCGUUGUCUAUUUUGUUGUAGUCAACAUUCUUCUAGUAUCUGCUGAAAAUAUUGAGUCGUCUGAGGAGCUGGAUGACAUUGGGAUAACUCUGGAGAUGGCACGAAAACUGAGUAACAUCAACAGCAUUGAAGAUUAUUACAAAGCGUUCAACAUUCCGCACAAAAGUGAACCUCCAGCAUCUUUUUCUAUUUUUUCAGGGCACAACCGAUCACCCAUCAUAGCAACAGGAUAUGAAACUACAAACCAGAAAUUAUCAAUUGAGAGACAUGCUCCAGUGAUUAGGGGGGCGGUAGCACCUGGCUGUAGACCUGUCCUUACGUCGGUUGAAAUGAACGAUAAGGAAAGUCUGACCGAAUGGCGAGUGCCCAACUGCAUUGAAAUCGAAAGAUGCUCCAGAUGCAGUCCAAAUCAGCUCUACAGCUGUCAACCUAAUAGAACUGAAACUCUCUAUUUUGAGGUUGCAGUAAUGGCUCUGCAAGGAAGAAAUAAACCUCCCAAAGAAAAGAGGAUAGAAGUGGUCCCAGUUGAGAGACAUCUGGACUGUCAACUUUCCUGUAGGGUCAAGAAACAUGACUGUAUUUCAAAACUGGUGAGAUACGACGAGGAUGCUUGCAAAUGUGUUUGCAAAAAUUCCACUGCGAGGGAAAAAUGUCUGAUAAGGAAAGACAUUAAAAGUUGGGAUUCAAAAAAUUGCACCUGCCAAUGCAAGAAUAUUACUAACUGCCACCCCAACGAUUACUUCAACAAUGUGAAUUGCUCAUGCGAACCCAUAAAUACUCGAGGAAUUCGAGUGGACUUGGCAUCUAAUAAUCGAAAUCGGAACGAUUAUAACUACUAUAGUGUUGGUACAAAAUAAACAAAUUGAGGAACAAUAUUGGAAAAAUAAUGUAAAAGUGACAACAAAUUGUGAGAAAAAUAUUUAUACAUUAGUAUAAAGCUGGUUCAAAGUGAUCAAAUCAACGGAAAAUAUUGGAAAAAUGAUUGGAAAAUGUAAACAAAUUGUGAGAAAAAUAUUUAUACAUUAGUAUAAAGUUGGUUCAAAGUGAUCAAAUCAACGGAAAAUAUUGGAAAAAUGAUUGGAAAGUGUGAACAAUUUAAGAGAAAAAUAUUUAUACAUUAGUUGUUAGUCAAAAUGAGAAUAAUUUGCUAUUUGUUCCCAAUAAUUCAUCAUUGAAUCUGAAAUAUAUGAUUUAUUCAACGCUCAAUAUUCAUGAUACGCUUGAAUUUCCAUCACAGUAUCAAAGUUCUAUUUUGAUCUUACAAUAAAUAUUAUUUUUCUUCAACUUCAAAUCAAUAAACGUGAUUAAUUUUUCCUCUGUGUACUGUGUAAUGAUACUGGUUCUUCAGUAUUUUUUCAUUAUAAAAAAAUUUAUCUCUGUGAAAAGGUUGUAUGAUUUUACUUUAAUGAAAACUGUACAUAGCUUAUAAAUAGAUUGUGAUAAUAAAGCAUUGAGAUUUUGAAGUAA